GGGGCGGCGGGGUGAGGCGGCGGCGCUCGCGUCGCUCGGCCCCUUUCCGUGUCGGCCCUCGCAGAGGGAGCAUCGCGCGCUGCCGCCACCGCCCGGCCCGCCCCGCCCCGCGCCGCCGCCAUGGCCAAGGCCGAGUCCCCGAAGGAGCCGGAGCAGCUCCGCAAGCUCUUCAUCGGGGGCCUGAGCUUCGAGACCACGGACGAGAGCCUGCGCAGCCACUUCGAGCAGUGGGGCACGCUCACCGACUGCGUGGUGAUGCGGGACCCCAACACGAAGCGCUCGCGGGGCUUUGGCUUCGUCACCUACUCCUCGGUGGAGGAGGUCGAUGCUGCCAUGAACGCGCGGCCGCACAAGGUGGACGGCAGGGUGGUGGAGCCCAAACGGGCCGUGUCCAGAGAGGACUCGCAGCGGCCCGGGGCGCACCUGACGGUGAAGAAGAUCUUCGUGGGCGGCAUCAAGGAGGACACGGAGGAGCAUCACCUGCGCGAUUACUUCGGGCAGUACGGCAAGAUCGAGGUCAUCGAGAUCAUGACCGACCGCGGCAGCGGCAAGAAGCGCGGCUUUGCCUUCGUCACCUUCGACGACCACGACUCCGUGGACAAAAUCGUCAUCCAGAAGUACCACACGGUGAACGGGCACAACUGCGAGGUGCGCAAGGCGCUGUCCAAGCAGGAGAUGGCCAGCGCCUCGGCCGGCCAGCGAGGCCGCAGCGGCUCCGGGAACUUCGGCGGCGGUCGGCGGGGCGGCUUCGGCGGCGGUGACAACUUCAACCGCGGCGGCAACUUCGGCGGCCGUGGUGCCUUUGGCGGCGGCCGCGGCGACGGAUUUAAUGGAUUUGGUGCUGACGGCAGCAAUUUCGGGGGCGGGGGCAGCUACAACGACUUCGGCAGCUACAACAACCAGGCCUCAAGCUUUGGGCCCAUGAAGGGCGGCAGCUUCGGGGGGCGCAGCUCGGGGCCCUACGGCGGCGGCGGCUACGGCAGCUCCAGCGGCGGCGGCAGCUACGGAGGAGGGAGAAGGUUUUAACGGCCAGGAGCCGGAGCCGGGCGGGAGCUGGGGCGGCCCCUGGAGCCAGCGCGGGGCCGGGCCGAGCCCCCGGGACCCCCGGGACCCCCGGGCUGGCCGUGCCCGGGUCCCCCCGCAGUUCCCCGCUGUGUCCUGUACCCCCCCCCUCAAUAAAUGUCU